AUGUCGCUGAAGCGGAACUGCCGGGAGCGGCUCUUCAGCGUGAUCGAGAAGAUCACGCAAGUGAGCAAGUAUGUGAUCAUGGUGGUGGACCCGAGUGCACAGCAAGUGCUCUCCAUGAUUUGUAAGAGUGAGGAGCUGCUGGAAAGGGGUGUGUCCCUGGUGGAACAGAUUGACGCGAAGCGAAACAGACUGCAGGAUUUCGACUGCAUGUACUUCCUCAGUUCCACAGUUGAUGUGGUGGAGAGCGUGUUGGAAGACUUCAAAGAUGAACAAAACGCAAUGUAUAAAAAUGUACAUAUUUUAUUUACCUCAAAUGUGGGAAAAAAAAACAGAGAAAUUUUAGACCUCCUGGCGACAAGCGAUCUUCUCCUGAAAAGGAUGAAAACUUGUGCGUGCUUCAACAUCCCCUUCUUUGCAUUCGAAAGUCGAGUUUUUUACUUCAACCAUGAGUUGAAUUUGUAUGAUUUUUAUCCUGUGAAGGAUUCCAGCAUUUUAGCAGACCUUGCGUUGGAAUUACUUUCCGUUUGCGCCUGCUUGAAGAGUAAUCCUCUUGUGCGUUAUUUGAACUCCCCUCUGUGUAGGAAGUUUGCAGAAAUUUUUUACAACAGUGUCAGUGAUUCCAACAUUUUACAAAAAUCGGAUGGGAAGGAUGAAGAAGACGUGUUGUUGAUUUUGGACCGAUCGGUUGACUCCUCCAUUUUGUUUGCCCACGAUUAUUCAUAUCAAAGUCUCUGCUACGAUGUAUUACGGAUUAGGACACACCAGGGGAAGCAAGCCAAACCGGCGGUACAGCACAGUGUGGGGAGUACUAACCAGGGGGAUGACGCACCACACACAGUUCGUUUCGAAAUUACGAACAACGAUCAACGGAAGGAGGUAAAGAAAGCCACCCUCUCGGAGGAAGACAAUCUUUGGGUCAAGUAUAGACAUACGCACAUCCAAGACGUGAAUGAAAUGGUCAAAAAUGACAUUGCCUCCUUUACAGAAAAAAAUGCAGUUGCGAAAAUUAAGAAGAAAAAUGUAUUAAAUCCGAAUGAAGCUUUAGACGCUUUGCGAUCCCUUCCGCAGUACGAAACGAUGAUUGAGCAGUACUGGCUGCAUGUAUACUUAUGUGAUAACUGCUUCCAAAUUUUACAAAAAAAAAAUGUCGUAGAGGUUGGAAUGGUGGAACAGGACCUUUGCUGCAACGUGGAUAAUUACGGGAAGGAAUUGACCCACACGAAGAAUUCAAAAAAUGUAGUAUCCAUCCUGAGCAGUGAUGACUACCAGCAGGAGGAGAAGGCCAGACUGCUUCUCCUCUACUUUAUUAACUAUGAAAACGUAAGCGAGUUAGACAAAGCAAGACUGAUCGAAGAAUCCCAAGUUGGUCUCCUCAUGGAAAACUUUAUUCACCACUUCCUAAGUUUGAAAAUACACUGUGAUCAAUAUGGUCACCUGGAGAAGUACGCACCAGAGGAAAGUUCCUCCACGGGGAGUAAAGUUUCCCACAUUCUGGAAAGGAAUAGAAAAAAAAUUAAGCAUUACAAAGAUGUUGCAAAAAAUGCAAAGUAUGAACUCAGUCGAUAUGAACCAAAUGUUAGAGACAUCAUUGUGGAGUUACAUGAGGAUACAUUGCACAGGGGACAGUUCCCAUUCGUGGACGGUAACCGGGGGUCCUCCCAACAGGUGAAAGAUCAGAACACCUCUGAAGGGAAGAAGACAAAUGUCACCAGGGGAACUGUCUGGGGGUUCAAGUCAAUCGAAAGGAAAGAUACCCAAACGGGGAGUAGAAAAAAAAUUAUCAUUUUCAUCCUUGGGGGGAUUACCUUCCCCGAAAUUAGGCAGGCAUACGAACUGUCCGAGCAGCUCGACGUGGACGUUUAUUUGGGCGGCACGUCCCUGCUCACAAGUGAGGUGCUCUUCCAGCAGUUUAGGAGGUUCCCGGGUGGGUAG